AUGAAACAUCAUCUCGCCGGAACAAAGAAAAAUGUCAAGCCUUGUGACAAUGUAUCAACAGAAGUGAAACAAAAAUUUGUUGAUAUAUUAAACAAAGUUCAAGCCUCCAAGAAUUUAGCACAGAUGGAGUUUGAGCAACGUGUGGACGUUGGCUCAUACUUUGGAAGCGGGAGGGAAGUUGAAGGUGAUGAUGGAAACAAUGUGGUUUCCGGUGUUUCUGGUUCUGGUUCUAUCUCUACUAGAGGUAUCCGGGGACCGAUGGAUAGAUUCAUGAUGAAAGAAAGUUCUAGUGGGGACCAACCAACCACAAUUACACCCCAGAAUGCAAAAGAACUUCGUAACCAAGUUUGUUUAGACAUCGGGAGGUUUUUUUAUGAGAAUGCAAUACCUUUUAAUGUGGCAAGGAGUCCUUCAUUUGUCAACAUGCUUCGGUCGGUUGGCGCAUAUGGUUGGGGAUUUAAGCCUCCAAGCAUGUACAACCUUAGGACUUGGAUAUUAAAGGAAGAGUUGACAACAACAACAAAAAUUGUUGAUGACAUUAAGAGCACCUGGCCACUUACCGGAGUUUCAAUCAUGUCUGACGGUUGGCAAGAUAUUAGAUAUAGGAGUCUAAUUAAUUUCCUUGUCAAUAAUCCUAGUGGUACAGUUUUUUUGAAAUGUGUUGAUGCAUCCGAGCAUGUGAAAGAUGCUAAAUUGUUGUUUCGGUUGCUUGAUGAAGUUGUUGAGGAAGUUGGAGAAGAGCUUGUGGUUCAAGUGAUAACGGAUAAUGCAAGCAACUACCGGGCAGCGGGACAGAUGCUUAUGGAGAAAAGGAAGCAUUUGUAUUGGACUCCAUGUGUUGCACAUUGCCUUGAUUUAAUGCUAGAAAAAAUUGGAGAGCUACCACAAGACAAAAAUGCUUUGAUCAAGGCAAAGAAAGUGAGCAACUACAUUCAUAAUCAUUCUUGGGUUUUGAGCUUGAUGAGGCAAUUCACUAACCGAGAGCUUAUAAGGCCAGCAGCUACUAGAUUUGCCACUGCAUACUUGACAUUACAAAGUAUUUAUCAAGUGAGGCAACCAUUGGAGGCUAUGUUCACUUCUGAAAAGUGGACAAAUAGUAAUUACACAACAAAGCUGAUGGGAAGGAAAUUAGAAGAAUAA